UGUUUCUGGGACCCCUGUCUCCGCGCUCGCCCUCCAGCCGUGGGAGCCGGGCCGUGGGGGCGGCCGUCGCGAGCAUGCGCACCGGCACUGCGGCGGGCGGGCGCCGAGUCUGGGCGCGGGGACGCGGGGCGGCGCGAAGCGGGGCCGUCUGCCGCCCCGCGCUCCCAUGUACGCCUUUUACUCGUUGCUUAUCUACAUCUUCUACAGCCUCUUUCGCAGGGAUGGUGGCGCCGCGGCGGCCGCGGAGCCCGGGGACCCCGCCCAGGGGCGCUCCUGCUCCCUCCCUAGAGAGCCCGCAAGCCCCGGGGUCGCCGGCGGCCAGACCUGCCCGCGCCAGAGCUGUGGACCGAGCUGACCGGCCUGAUCGGCAGCUCCGAGCCUGAAGAUGGGUCGGAAAGCGGAGCCGAGGGCCGCGCGGCAGCGGUGUCCCUGGAGGAGGCCCUCCUGCGCCUCGCCGAGUUCCUCUCCGUCCAGCUGGGGGCGGAAGAGAGCUGCGGGAGCCCGGCCGACCUGGGCCAGUCUGGCGAGGUCCCCCCACUGUUGACAGUGACCAGUCAGCUGUUGGCCCUUCUGGCAUGGCUUCGGAGCCCCAGGGGGAGGCAGGCCCUGCUCCAGGGGACUCAGCCAGCCCCUCGGGUCCGGCCCCCCACUCCAGAUGUGCUAACUGGGCCCACCCUACUCCAGGAUCCACAUCCCAAGAAGAAAGCGCUUCCCACCUCGGCGCAGUCCCAGGCGAGCCACUGGGGGAUGAGGGCCAGGGACAGCAGCUCCUCCAGUUGGAGGACGACCAGAGGGAGUGGCAGCGGCUGGAGCAGCUCAUCCUGGGACAGCUGGAGGAGCUGAAGCAGCAGCUGGAACAGCAGGAGGAGGAGCUGGGUCGACUGCGCCUGGGCGUGGGGGCGACAGACUCAGAGAAAAGGGUUCAGCAUCUCACCCUGGAGAACGAGGCCCUGAAGCAGAGCCUGAGUCUCAUGCGGGACCUUCUGCUGCACUGGGGUCCCGGCCCCCCAACCAGGGCUCCGCAGGAGGAGGCGGAGGCAUUGGUGGAGCUCCAGGGCCGGCUUCAGGAGGCCCAGGACACCACAGAAGCCCUCCGAGCCCAGCUGGGGGUGCAGGAGGUGCAGCUGCAGGGCCUUCAAGGGGCCCUCCAGCAGCUCCAGCAGGAGACGGAGCAGAACUGCAGGCGCGAGUUACUGCAGAUGCAUGGGCAGCUGGCAGGACUUCGGGCACGGAUGGCCAGCCUGCGUCAGGGCUGCGGCGACCUCCGAGGAUUGGUCAGCACCUUUACCCAGAGCUGCCAGGGUUCGCUGAGUGAGGCCCGGGGCCAGGUGUCCUGGGCCUUGGGGGCACUGUCAUCUGGAGGGCCUGGCACUCAGCUCCCUGAGGGGCAGCAAGGGCCCCCAGCUGGAUGCCCAGGGCGGCUGCCAGAACUCAAGGGAAAUAUCCGUGUGCUGUGUCGACUGAGGCCAGGGACAUCCUCCAGCCUCGUGAGCGUGGAGCCUGGCCCAGGGGGCACCGUCACCACCUGCUACCGGGGGCGCCAUCGUCGAUUCCGCCUAGACUGGGUCUUCCCUCCAGACGCCAGCCAGGAGGAGGUCUUCAGAGAGCUGGAACCUGCAGUGCUGUCCUGCCUCCGAGGCUAUAGCGUCUGCAUCUUCACCUAUGGCCAGACAGGAACCGGGAAGACCUACAGCAUGGAGGUGGGACACAGCCCACGCCCGGUGGGAGAGGCCCCAGGGGCCCUGCAUGACUUGGAUGUGAGCCCGAUGUGUACCCCACCCCAUCCUCAGGGCCCUCCUGAGGACCCUGGCAUAGUUCCUAGGGCGCUGCAGUCGCUGUUCCGGGAGAUGGGGACCGGCAGGCAGCACCGGGUGACACUCAGUAUGGUGGAGAUCUACAAUGAGGCUGUCAGGGACCUCCUUGCCCCAGGGCCUCCCGAGCGUCUGGCCGUGAGGCAGGGCCCUGAAGGCCAGGGCGGGAUCCAGGUGGCUGGCCUCACCCACUGGGACGUGCCCAACCUGGAGACACUGCACCAGAUGCUGAAACUGGGGAGGAGCAACCGGGCCACCGCCGCCACCGCCAUGAACCAGCGCAGCUCCCGCUCCCACGCCCUGGUCACGCUGACGCUGCGCGCGGCGACUCCACCGCGCGCUCCAGGCACCGCAGGCACGCUGCACCUGGUGGACCUGGCGGGAUCCGAGCGCGCACGGAAGGCAGGGGCGGCCGGCCCGCCGCGGGGAGACCCAGACGGCGCCCGGCGCCUGCGGGAAGCCCAGACCAUAAACCGCUCGCUGCUGGCGCUGGGAGGCGUGAUGGCCGCACUGCGGGCCCACCGGCCGCACGUGCCCUUCCGGGACUCGCAGCUCACACGCCUGCUGCAGCCAGCCCUGGGCCCCGGCACCACCGCGGUGCUGCUGCUGCAGAUCUCCACGCGGCCGGAGGACCUCGGGGAGACAGUCUGCUCACUCAAGUUCGCCGAGCGAGUGGGUCAAGUGGAGCUGGGGCCAGCCCGGCGCCGCAGGGUCCCGCGCUCCUCCGGGACGCCCUCCUCCCUCAGUACCGACACUCCGCUCACCGGGACCCCCUGCACCCCUACGCCGUCCCCUGGCAGCCCUCCAUGCCCCAGUCCUGACAACGGCUCGGGCUCGGCCCUCACGCCCGGAGAGGGCCUGCCCCUGUAGUCCUGAGUGGCGUCCCUGCCCAUGGGGUCUCGGGCCAGGUCUCUGCUGGCAGAGGCGGUAGUAAAGUCCCUGUACCCCCAUCUUCCAGGGCACAAGCUCCUUAGCCUCUUUGGAUCCAUUGCCCCUGAACUCCCAGAAUCACCCCUCCACCUCCGCAACCAGUGAAGUGUGUUGUGCCUGGUGAAGUGAUCACCCCCCCCGCCCCCAGUCCUGCAUCAGGCCACAGGUCUCGGCUUCCUCCUUAUCACCAUUUGUUGUUAUCACAGCACACAGCAGGGAAUCCCAGGCGCCCCCCGGCCAAGUGGUUACCCAAGUCACCACUCCUGACCCAAAAAUCAGGCAUGGCAUUAAAACGUUGCAAAUUCCUUUACUGUUAAUCCUCCCCACCACCGGACCAUGUAGGGUGCAGUCUUUACUCCCUAACCCCUUUCCCGAAAAAGGUGCUACCUCCUUCCCAGACAGAGAGAGGGCAGGACUUCAGGCUGGGCCCACCAUAGGGCUCUCCCUCCCCCAGCCUGGAGCACAGGAGGGGAGGUGAUGGAUGGGUAGUGGGCUGAGAAGAGGGGACUAGGAAGGGCUAUUCCAGGCUCAGCCCUGCCCCUCCAGCCUUGCCUCUGAGUGUAGGAGACAGAGGCAUGACUGACCAGGGUGAGGGUUGUGCCCAGCUGGGCCAUGGCCAUGCCUGGGGUAGUCCAAUAAACACCGUGGACUCCCA